AAGGAAAAUAACAAUAUUCGAUGAAUGUCAGCGCGUUAACCAACAGUGUUUAUAGGGAUAACAUUAUAAACUGUCGUGUAUAGGAUACAUACGUAUUGGUAUGUGUUAAGCAACUUUAACUUUUUAAACCCCGACGCAAAGCAUUCAGCAGGCUUUUUUAUAGCAUUGCAUUGUUCUUAAAGUUGAUCAAGAAAAGUCUGCAGCGAUUUUGAUAGCCCACGCAGUGCAAGUCUUAUUCAUAAUUUCAUAGAAGUUUAUCAGAUAUCAGACUGUCAGACUAACCCGUUCUUAGUAUCAGACUAAAUAAAAAUACUUAAAAGUAAAACAUGUAAAAUAGUUCAUAGUGACGUCGAAGAUAGAAGAAUGAAAGCGCUUGCUCUGUUAUGCGCGCUGGGCUGCGCGUGCGCCCAGUUCCUACCGGAGUGUGACUACCCUUUAUGCGUCACACGUGACAGACACACCAACGAUGGCUGGCUCUUGAAGGAGUAUCUCCUUGAAGGCACGCAUAUGUCCAUAGCGACUCGAUCCAGCCACUACGCGGUACGCUGGUCGUGCGGAGGCCUCAACCUAACCGGCAACCUCGCGCCCGCGGUACUCAACAGGAUGCCUGACGUCGCCUAUGCAGUUGAGCUGGUUGGCUGCAACAUUCCUCAUACACGGAUAUCUUCAUGAACCUCAAUAUAAACAGCAAGUACGCCAAAACCCUCACUAUCAGUUUAAGCACGACACGACCUCAAAACAGCCAAUGGUUUUCGACGGAUGAUCUUCAGGAAAUUAAAAGUAAAUACCAAGCUAGAAGUAACAACUGGCUAACAGCUGCUGCCAACGAAAUAUCUAAAAAUUCCUUGGAACAUUUGACUUUGCGUGGAAUCCCAGUGACCACUGACCAGUUUAUAAGUAUACAUAAUAUUAAGAGCUUAACUUUAGUUGAUACGGGUCUCGAAGAAGUGAUGGAUUUGUCAGAAUUCUCCAAUUUGACACGACUGGAGCUACGAGAGCCAUAUUUGCUAAAUGCAGAAAAGCUGAGCGCUACAAGUAUUGAAGAGCUGGUUCUUCACGCUCCCGACGCAGGGCUAGCUGCUAUGUCUCAUUUACGCAACGCUACCUUUAUAGAAGUUUAUAUGAUGGGACGGCUAUUUGGGAACUGCAGUAACUUAAAACAUCUGGCGUUGAUAAAUGGGACGCUGUCUGCACUCCCGGAUCAUUGGUUAGUAGGAUGCAGUGCGCUGAGGAGUUUGAAGUUACCUGAUGAUCUAUUGGCUGAUACAACGGAGCUGCGGCACCUUGAUCUGAGCCACAACAGCUUGGGAACCUUGCCAGAGGGUCUGCUGGACAAUACCAGAGGCCUGGAGUAUCUUGACGUUAGUGACAAUCAUUUGAAGUCCCUCCCUGCAAAGCUCCCGGUUUUCCUUAAAAAAGUGUAUGCAUGUGGCAAUGACCACUUUCCCAUGACAUCCCAAAAUUUAAAGGUUUUGGAGGAUUGGGGUUGCAUAGUGCAAUCUUGAUAGCACGAAGCUCAAGGGGAACGCAUAAAUAAUAUCAUGCUUACUUCUUAUGUUAUGUUCCAUGAUUUAAUAACGACUAAGCGCCAUUUGUAUCAUUCCACUAACCCAGGGUUAACCGGUUAAACCUGGAGUUACUAUGGUUACCAGUACAAUUUAACACUGGGUUAACGGUUUAACCGCUUAACUCGGCUUUGUGGGAAAUAGGAAUCGGUUUGUU